AUGUGUGGGGAUUCCGACACCUGCACCAUUUGCAAUGAAGACGGAACAGUGAAGGGCCUCGCAGGCGUCAACCCAAUGACCCUCAUGUCCAAUUUCUCUGCCGCCCUGGCUGUCUUGUCGCAAUGGCCCACAUCAGUGUCCACCUGUAUCUUGAACUUUGCAACCAACUUGGAAAACACCAUGGCAACCAUGACGACCACGACGACCACCACGACCACCACGACUUCUGUGGAUCCCUUCUUAGCGACCUGCGCUGCUGAUGCUCCUCGGGGACCUGCAAUGGAUCUUUCCAACACCCAAGCCUAUCUGGGAGGAGUCUUUGCCAUGGUGACAGCACAGUGCGCCAGCGGCAACAGCUGCAUGUUGUCUCCACCGGGCACCAGCGCAGUGUGUGCCUCCAGCGCCUACUACCCCGCGACCGAUGCAACGGGGUUGGUGAACGCAGAGGAAAAAUCCAAGAUCCUUGAGAACUUGUGCAAUCCCAGUCUGCCGCUGUGGUUCAAUGCGAAGAACACCUUCUUGCCUACCUCCUUUGAUUGCGAGGCCAAGACCAGCAAGUAUGCGCUCUCCCGCUUCUUUGCAGGUGCUCCAUCUGAAAACCAAGAAGAGGAGGCGAAGAAGUUCCGCGAGGGCUAUGUGGAGGUGCGAGGCGGAUGGUUCGCCAAAGCAGCACAGCUGGAAGCGAAGUACGAGCGAACGCAUGGGACGAAGCUGAGGAUCAUGCUCUUCUCCGGUGCCACGCUCAUUGCUCAAUACCUGCAGAUCUUGGCCAUCGAUGGUUUCUUAUCGCUUGGAUCGCUGAUCUCAGUUUGGGCUUACAUGUGGUUGAUGCUGGAAAGCGUCUUCUUGGCAUCGUGUGGCAUGUUCGAGAUUGUCUUCUCGCUGCCCGUGGGCAUGUCGCUCUGGGUGAUCAUCUUAAGGCAGAAGGUCUUCUGGUAUCAGAUGCUGGUCAUUUACAUGAUCUUGGGCAUUGGCGCGGAUGAUGUCUUCAUCCUGUAUGAUGCCUGGCUUCAAAGUGAACAUGUGGAGGGCAUCAAGGAGAGCAAAUCCCAACGCUUUGUCUGGGCCUACCGACGCUCAGCCAUGGCCAUGCCGCUUGGAGUCAAGACGGAUUGGGGCUUCGAGGUGCGAGCAGGGGAGAAGGAGUGGUUGGUGACCACGUUGACCACCUGCGGCUCUUUCGUGAUUGGCGCCACGUCGCCCUUGCCGCUGGUGCAGAGCUUCUGCAUCUUCGCCGCAGUGGUGGUCUUGGUGGACUAUUUGUUUUGCAUCUCGUUCUUUGCCUCUGCGAUCUUGGUCUAUGAGGAGUGGAUGAAGGGCUAUGGAUGCUGCUGCAGUUGCUGUGGCCUUGAAGUUCGUGCACCCGGCACCUGCUUGGGCCCGGGCUGCUGCUGGGGUGGCAUCCGUAGCUGCUUCACCUGCUGCGGCAGAUCGUGGCGGCUCAUGCCGAAGCCACCGGCGCCGGGGGCUCCGCCCGAGAAGAGGGCCAUGGAGCGCUUCUUCAGCGGCCCUGUCUUCAGGUUCUACCAGAGGUACAAGAUCCUCCUGAUCGUCUUCUGGUUGGUAGUCGUGGUGUCCAUGUCCGCUUGCGCCGGUGCCUUGCUGCGAACCGCCAAGAAGCAGGCGCCCAUUGGUCGUGAGAACAUCGAUGUGAUCAAGGGCUCCGAGGCUUUCACGCACCUCAUCACCGGGAAUGCUGUCUUCCUUGGAUGUGUGGCCAUGCGCCCCCUGUCUUUCUCGGACGACACGGUCCUCGGUCUGCCAUUGCAAAGCCCCUUUUUCUACGUGGCACUCUGGGGAUCCUACGCGUUGGGUGCCUUCGCGCAGUGGUGCUGUGACCUCCGUUGGCCCCAGCGGGGGGGCAGCGUGGCGGCGCUUCCGUUGGCAGCCAUGUUGAUGUGCACGGAGGUGAUGUAUGUUGUCAUUGGCUGUGAUGAUAUGAGCUGCCUGCGCUGGACUCUGGUCCCUCUAGCCGCCUUUUCCGGUGUGAUUGCAGCUGCCUGUAGCAUUGGUCGGAUGGGUGUCCGAACGACCAUGGUCGCUGGGCAUACACUCACUCUGGCUCAAUUGCUGGCCAAGUUGCUUUGGGAGCAUACCUUGCUGAGGGAAGACAUGCGAAAGUUCCUGAUGAGCUUGAUGGUGAUAGCUGGAGCUUUGGGUGGAGCUUGCCUAGGCACACUUGCCUUUUGGCAUGUGCAUCAUCAACAGGGGAUGAAGAGCAACAUUCUCUUUUUCCCCAUCCCUGCUUUGCUUUACAUGCUGAUGUGGCUACAUGACCACCUGACCCCGCGUGGCCGCGUGCGAACGAAGCGGCUUGGGGAAACCACCGAGGGAGCGGGUAGACCCGAGGCCUCGGGCAGGGCUGAAACGGCGGAUGUGGAGAUCCUCUUCUCCGAGUUUGAGUUCAGCCCAACCCCGGAGACCGUCUCCAUUGGUUUCGGCAUCGACGAGGUCGGUGGGCGACCGAGCGCAGGUGUCGGUGUCGUUGUUGGCACCAUGAGCAAUUGA